GUACUAAGUGAUCCAGAAAAGCGUGCAAUUUAUGACCAAUAUGGUGAAGAAGGUUUAAAGGGUAUGCCUCCACCUGGUUCGCAAAGCCGGACCGCCACAGCUUCUGGCUCAAGUGGGCCAAGUAAUUUCCGUUACAAUCCUAGUGAUCCAGAUGAUAUCUUUAAUGAGUUCAUGGCGAGCAACAAGCCAUACACCUUUGAUCAAGACCGAAGGCGCUUUCAACCAGCACACCGGACCUCAGCAGUGAAUGGUCGAAGUGAAGCUUCUUCCAGUUCUCAGAAGGAGCCUGGUACCAGUACAAGCCAUCUGGAAAAGCCACCGCCUGUGGAGAAGACAUUACUUUGCACUCUUGAAGAGCUGUAUAAUGGAACAAAAAGGAAGAUGAAGAUCACUAGGAAUGUCGCAAAAUCAGAUAGAAAGGUAGAAGUUGAGACAGAGAUCUUGCAGGUCGAGGUGUUGCCAGGCUGGAAAAAGGGAACAAAGAUGACAUUUCCCAACAAAGGCGACAUGCUGCACGGCUAUUUACCGCAGGACCUGACCUUCGUCAUCGACAUGAAGCCCCAUGACACCUACACUCUGGAAGGGAACAACCUCCUGGUAAGCCAGGAGAUCCCCCUGGUGGACGCUCUUGCCGGGACAACCAUAAACCUCAGGACCCUUGACGGCAGGAGCCUUCCCGUCAGGGUGGAGGAAGUGGUGCGCCCUGGGCAGGAGAUUGUGAUCGAGAACGAAGGGUGGCCGAUCAGGAAGGAGCCUGGGAAGAAGGGGAGCCUGAGGAUCAGGUUCGACGUGGCCUUCCCGGCGAGGCUAUCCUCGUCGCAGCGAGCUGCCAUCAGGCGGAUCAUGGGGAGCUAACCAGGGAAAAGAAGGGCGCGACAGUGGAUCGAUUCAUACAGAAACAAGAAGAGAAAGAAAAAAAAACUAGCUAGCCUGAGGACAGUUGGGAUUGGUUUGGGUUAGUUCAUGUUCAUCUGUUGUUCAUAGAUCAGUAGCGGUGCAGCACUAAUUCCGUGUGUUUAGCCCUGUUCUUCGCAGGUGACGUUGUUGUUUUGGCGACUUUUGUUGGCCAUUAGCAGUUGGAUGCUUUUAGUUCUGAUCAUAUCAAACGGGUGUUUAUCCCCCUUGACUUUUGUUGAUAAUUAGCGCUUUUCUUAA